AUGAAAGUAGAAUUUGCCAAAUACCAUGGACUCGGCAACGAUUUUAUCAUCGUCGACAAUCGAAACGGUUGCUAUGACGACGUCAUGAGGUCACCUUACAUGCGCAGAGCGUUUUGCUGUCGAAAAACUGGAAUAGGUGCGGACGGAAUUUUGGAAAUGAAGCAAAGUUGCUCAGCAACAGCUGGCUGCGAGGUGAGGCUGGUUUAUUUCAAUGCAGAUGGAGAGGAGGGGUCAUUUUGUGGUAACGGGGGACGUUGUUUUGUGGAGUUCGCAAUUAGGAAAGGGGUUCCUUUGAUUGACGGGUGUCUAGUUUUCGAGGCGUUCGACGGCGUUCAUAAGGGACGCCGCUGUCGUUGUGACAAUUACAUAGAACUUGAAAUGAAUGACGUUACCGGCAUAAAAGAGUACGAAAAUGGGGAUUACUUUGUGAACACUGGUUCACCGCACCACGUUCGUUUCGUCACCAACGUAAAACAGUGUGAUGUCAGGCAAUUGGGGAGAGAAAUAGCUUGGGGGAAGCUGUACAGAGCCAAAGGCUGUAACGUGAACUUUGUGCAGGAGACAGACGCUGGGGGGUUUGUGCGGACUUACGAGCGCGGCGUGGAGAAUGAGACGCUAGCCUGCGGCACCGGCAUCACAGCUGUUGCCCUAGUUCUUCAUAAAAGACGACACGGAACUACAGCGCACGGAACGUUCAGUGAUGUCAUUUCCUGUAGUGGCGGUUCGGCAGAAGUCAGCUUUGCGACUGACGACGGGUGUGUUUUUUAUAAUGUUAGACUUAUGGGGCCUGUGUGCCACGUCUUCGACGGUGUUAUAAUCCAUAGCACUUAA